AUGACUGGAAAAACUAAGGAUACUACUUCAGCAAAAGCAGCAGGAGAAAUUUCCAAAUCUCCUAAAGGCAGAAAUCUAAUAUUAGGUGAACUAUCUGAUGCUGACAAUAUUAUCUCUACAGUUAUUUCUUCUUCUAGUGAAAGAGAACUAGAUAGAGGGCAGAAUUCUCAGUGUUCAACUAACUCUGAACGUAAUAGAAUUUUAACACAACUUCAUGAUAUAAACUUAUCUGAAAAUCUUACACGUUCUAGUAAAGUUGACUUAAAUGAUUAA